UAUGUAUAUAAAAGCUUUACACUCUGAAAUUGGUUUAAGAACAUCACUCACACAUUCAGGCAAGUUGUAUAAUUAGCUGCCUGUUAUUUUUCUCUGUGCACUGUGCUCCCUUUAUGGCUCUGCUGCAAUUCAUUAAGAAUUUCCUCCUGCGCAGACAGCCAAGUCUUAAGUGGCUGUUCCACCAGCAGCACCACCACUAGCUUCUCCACUGCUCCAUGGCCACUUCUCGUCCAGAAAGUGCAGCAGCUCCUUACAGCGGGCAAUUAUGUCUCGAGGAUGAGGAUGUUGGAUAUCCUGGCCAGCGAGCAGCAGGCGACAGCAAAUGACAGGCCAUUAAAUGCCCGUUGCCUGCUCGACCAGGAUGAGGUUAAGGUUAAGGAUGAGUCUCAAGUUAACCCAAGCUAACUUGCACGUGCAAGGAUUGCAGGGGCAAUAAAACGGAAUCGCGAAUCUUGCAAAACCCCGAAAUCGUGGCCAAAUGUUGCCUCAUAAAACGAUGCACAACAAGGGGAUUAUGGUCAGGGUUAGGGGUUAUGGGUUAGCAGGGUUAGGACUUUAUGAAGGUCGCAGGUUAGCUCGCAGUUUGGGUCGCAGUUUGGGUCGCAGCUUAGGUCGCAGUUUAGGUGCCGGUUAGCGAAUAAGACCUGAUCCCUAUUAGGGUGUGUACCUGGAGCAUAUCUAUAUACCUGGAGCCAAGUACUAGGGUAUAUAUGCCCGCUGCUCGGUGGCAAUCAGCAUCAGUUGUCCAACAACAGUUACACCGCUAACAUCGUUCACCGUACAGUGAAGCUACUAUACUAUAUACCAAAAUAUCUCACAAAAACUCAAGAUGGGCAGCACACAUUCCGCUGAGCAGGUAAACAGUGUGGAGGACACAACCAGUCCCGGCAAUCCUGGCAUCUUCUGCACGGCGGCAUCCCUGCCCAACUUCAUCAGCAAUAUCCAGCGACUGGUGCUCCGCAAGCUGAGCAUCUCGGCGAGGAAACAAAAGCGACUGAGUAAGCGCUCCAAGCAACUACUGCGACCCAUGCCCCGCUGCUCGUCCUUCGGAUCCAGCGGCACUCUACUGACGCCCACCAAGAAGUCCUGCAGCCUGGCCGAUCGCCGCUAUGCCCAGUGGAAGUGCAGCUUCGAGCACCUGGCCAGGAAGCAGUCGCCGCCGCGUCUCCAUGACAUCAGCGAGGCCAUGACUGGACAGACCACGCCCCCUGGCUUUCCCUCCCACACGGAUGCCAAGCGCUGCCUGGUGGCCAGUUCGAUGGAGGACGCCAGUUCGCCGGAUUCGCCGCUCUACGAUUUGGCGGGCGGUGGCCAGAAACUCCGCCGCCGCCUCAGCUUGCGCAGCCACGCCCCCGUGCGCCGCCCAUCCGCCCGGCAGAAGGCGGUGCAGGCCAAGCUGGAUGCCCAGCUGCAGCGGGAUCUUCGCGACCUGGAGGAUUACUAUGGCGGCUUCCACUUUGCCCAGCGUCGCGAGCGUUUGGUCAAGGUAUAAAUAAUAAUAAGACAUUUUGAAUAAUUUUGAUAGCAAAUAUUGUGAUAGCUCGUAAGCCCUAAAGUCCUGAAUAAAAU